GGGCGGUCGGCUGGAGCGAUCGCCCGCUCCUCAAAUGUACAAAUAAAUAACGAAAAAUUUGACGCAUAUCUGGGGAGAGCGUAGUAAGACGCAACACUCCUGCUCUAAAACAAAAGUAAACGAGACAUAGUUAUGGAGAAGACAGCGGAUCAACUAGAAGUCACAGUCCAAAAAGCUGACACAAAGCUGGACCUGAUUGCAUGGAAGCUUGAGAAAUGCGAGAAAGAGUUGUUUCAUUUGGACGGCACUGAGGUUUCAGUGAUUUCACUUCUACGAGGUGUUAACCAGGUGAAGGAGGAGUAUGAGAAUCUGAGAAGAGAAAUAUCAGAAGUGCAGCAGCUACAGAAGCAGUUGUCUGAUUCUCUUAGAUUGCAGCUGCGUCAGGUACAGGGUAGGUUCGGUUCGCUUCGUGAGCGUAUAAUCAAGAGUCAGCAAAACAACUGAAACUGUAAUUCUAUACUUCUUUCUUAUUUUUUUAUGACAUGA